UCGCCAACGCACGGUGCGCUAGUCUCUCUCGCUCGCUCGCUAAACUCAGUCGCUCGGCGGCGCUCAUUACACCGCUCAACAACGGGACUUUUCGCCGGUCCUCAGCCGCUAGCCGAACUCCCCUCCCCCCUCCCCGGCCCCUCUUUUCACCCAACGGACUCUUGUCUAAAAAAAAAAAAAGAAACACAUAUAUCUUAGUCUUCCCCCCGACUCCCCUUUUUUCCUUUUUGUUUUUUGUCGAACGAAACUCGAAAGGAACAACUUUUUUUUUUUCUAAGGGGAUUUAACUUCGUAACGUUUCCCCCCCCCCCCUGAACGUUCACCUCUCCGGCGGCUCUUUAUAAGUGGAAUUACAAGUGUGGUGGAAGUACCGAGUUGUCCUUAAGUAAGUCGUCACAGCUGACUUUCAAGAACACGAUGACCGCCGACGUACAAGUUCAAGAGGAGGUCGUGAGGAGAGUGAUGGCUAGCACCCAGAUCGACCGGGAAGGCCUACACAGCGCUUAUAGUGAUGUCAGGGACGACAAAAGCGACGUCAAUUGGGCCGUGUUCAAGUACGAGGGCAGCCAAGUGACAGUGGCGGCCAAGGGACAGACCUUCGACGACUUCAAGGCGCAGUUUGGGGAUGAUGAGCGUGCGUUCGCUUACCUGCGCAUCCAGACUGGGGAUGAGAUGAGCAAGAGGUCAAAGUUCCUGAUGCUAACUUGGGUGGGCACUGAGGUCUCGCCCAUCAAGAAAGCCAAAAUGUCCACCGAUAAGGCCCUCGUCAAAGAGGUUCUUGCAAACUUUGCAGUGGAGUUGACAAUAGAAAGCGCUCACGAACUGGACCACGAAGCCUUCUUACAAGAGCUCGUGAAAGCUGGUGGAGCCAACUAUGGCACAGGAUUCCGUGAUUAGGCCUUUGGGUGCUCGCGUUUGGCAUUUAGAUAUGAUAGGACACUGAAAUGUAAUCAAUCUGGCUCUGUGUUCUCUUCAAAAAUUGCUAAUGUCAGGGAAUGGAACAGAAUCGUUUUAAUCAUUGAAAUACAAUCAAAUUAUGUAAAGUGCUUUGUGGGUUCAUGAUCAAAAUAUUGUAGGUACUUUUGUUAAUAUUCCCAUGUUUUUAUUUAUUUUUUGAUUAUUACCUUUUGGGUAGGCGAGAAUUAUCAUUAUUUGGAACUGCACUGAAUUUUCAUAGCAUUUAUGAUGAGUUUCAUUAUGCAUGCAACAUUUUUCACUGAGGAGUUUAACAGACAGGCAUUUUUAUAUAUAUAUAGCUUUCAAAAGUUGACUUGAAAUACAUUCAUUAAAAAAACAUUACUGUAAACUAGUAUUAACCUAGAAUUAAGCAGUGCCAUCAGUUAUUCAAUUUUUGUUUCUGUAAAUCCUCCAUUUUUAGCAUUACAAUUGAUAGACUGGUCAUAUUUAAUUCUACAAAAAUACAAUAUAUAAUCAGAUAUAGAAUUUAAAUAGAAGUAUCAUACUUUUCUGGUUUUAAAAUUUUUGUAUUGUUUUUAGGCCAUACACAAUCUUGGAGCUGGUUCUGUAUUGUCAUAUGUAAUAAAAAUAUAAAAUAAAUAG